AUGUUUUCGGGUGUAGUUGAUGUUUCGAGUUUACCUCAAGGUUGGAUUAUAUAUGCUGUCUGUACUUUCAUUGUGGUUUCAAGUUUGCCUCAAGGUUGGAGUAUAUAUGCUGUCUGUACUUUCAUUGUGGUUAAUCAAAUUUGCAGUGAAAGUUCCAUAAAACAAGUUUUAGAACAAAAGUUCUACACUGAUGCUUAUAAUUGGGGUAAAGGAUCUUUUAUGGAAUUGACUAGGCUUCAAAACCCAUCUAAUGGCUAUAUUUUGAAUGAUAAUUGCAUUGUUGAAGUUGAAUUUUCUAAAGUAAGCCUUGUAGGCACUCGAGCAUUGGUCCCAAGGGAUGAUGCUACUGUUGAGUUCAAGGAUUUAGGACUAUUAGAGAAAGUAUUUGCUCUACUGCUAGAGGAGGCUUGUUCGUGGCAUCCUUCAUUGAUGGAUUGUAAGCAAAAGAGAAGUCGUAAAUUUAUUGAGCGGGCAUUUAUUGUAUUGAGUUGA